CGUGAUCACAUGGCACAGCGUUUGCUUUUCCUGUCGUGAUGUGUGUAAACAUUGCACGUUUGUCUGAUUGAAUGUAGCGAUAUAAUCUGACAGCGUGUUAUGACGAUGGUGAAGUGUGCAGUCCAAGGAUGCAUUAACCACAGUGAUCUCAAACCGGGAGAGCAAUCGAGCCGGUCGCGCAAGAGAUUUUUCAGGUUCCCCAAAGACAAGGCCCGAGUGAAAGUGUGGCUGGCCGCUUUACGGGAGACUGAGCGCGAAAUCACCGAUCAGCAUCAGAUAUGCGAGGAUCAUUUCCUGAGCCAUCACAUCACGCCGAACGGCAUCAGUCCGGACGCGAUUCCUAUUAUGCCCCCAUUAGAAGGACCUGUCUGCGGGUGGAGCUCAUGUGAUGAGCAGGACGAGCACCUGGACCCAGCUGGGGAGAGCGGAGUUACUGCAGAUGAUGAUGAUGAUGAUUCUUAUGAUGAAGAGUUUGAGGAUGAUGAUGAUGAUGAUGAUGAUGAUGAAGAUGAUGAUGAAGACCACAGUGGUGCACAUGAUCCCCAAGGACAAAAGGACAAGGAUAAAACCCAAGGACAGUGUUUCACUGGAAGUUUAAUUAGCAAUCCCAACAUGUAUUUCGCAAUCCCAACAUUUAACAUGAAUCAAGCAAACAGUACUAAAGUUAAAAAAGCUUCCCUGAAUAGUCCCAUUUUUUUCAUUCCAGUCCAGAAUCGCUCUGACGUCGCUCUUGGACAACUGACCAAACGUUUCAUGCAGCUAAUUCAAACAGCUCCGAAUGGAGUCCUUGAUCUCAAUGAGGUUACGCGAAAACUGGCCACACGAAAGAGGCGGGUGUAUGACAUCACCAAUGUGCUAACUGGUAUCCAUUUAAUCAAAAAGACAUCCAAAAACAAGAUCCAGUGGAUGGGUCCAGGAGCAGUCGGCAGCAUUGGGAACCAGUGGAGCCCCAAGACAAAAGCUAACCUACUUAAUCUGAAGUCAACUGAGGAGGCCCUUGACUGGCUCAUCAAAGACUGCGCCCAACAGCUCUUUGCUCUGACCGACCUCAAAGACAAUGCUGACUCAGCUUAUGUGACAUACGAGGACAUCUGUAAGAUUGGCGUUUUCAAGGACCAGACUAUAAUAGCCGUCAGGGCCCCUGAAGAGACCAAGCUAGAGGUGCCCACUCCCACUGAAGAAUCUAUCCAGAUCCACUUGAAGGGCUCCCGGGGCCCCAUCCAUAUACUGACCUGUGAGACUGAGGGCCCGAAUGAUGCUGUGGAUCCAGCUAACACAGAAUCGCAGCUUGUCAAACCAGCUUACUUUCUAACGUUAGAGGAGAGCCGGAUACACACACAACCACUUAUAUCAGAUGUUUCAAGUACUAUAGCAGCUGUACAGAGUGCAUAAGCACCACAAAGAAGAGCCUUUGCUUCUAUCCCCUUAUAAUAGACUUUGUUGGCCUUUUUGGAGAGACCACUGUGCAUAUAUUCAAUCUCCUGGGGUUUAAGACAUCUAUUGUGAUGACUUUUGGUUUGUAAAUAUAUGGAUGAGUAUUUUGAACAUUUGAAAGUAUUUUUUUUCUAAAACUAUGAGUAAACUUGAAGGUUGUAUUUUGAAAAAGGUCAAUUGUUUCUUGGGCCAUCCGAUAAUGCUGUAAAUUAAUAAAAUCUUUGAUGGACCUUGGA